UGACUUCUUUAUGGGAGUAAAAGGAAGCUAAAUUAUGAAAUAUCUGUUAUUCUGAAUGUUAUAGUCUACCUAGGAUUCAAAGGUCUAAACUAAAAGGUCUAAAUAUUAUUUUAAAAGGCAAAGUUGUUCUAACAUGACAAAACAAAAACAGAAAAUCUACCAGCCACCUUUUCAACUGAAACCCAAAGAAUUCAUAAGAGAAAUGGAGCAAAUUAGAAGAACGAUCAUCUAAAAAACUGCCAUUGGUGAAGUGAUGAAGAACAUUUACUGGGUUAUUCUGAAACUUGUCAAUUUUGCAACUCUUGGCUGCUUAUGGAUUUCUGUGGUACAGUGUACAGUUUUAAACAUCUGUCUUAAGUCAUGUGUAACUAACCUGGGCAGGCAGCGUGACAGUGGAACACCAUACAAUCUGAGUGAACCGUGCAUCCAAGGAUGUCAUUUUUGGGAUCCUGUAGAUCAGGAAAACUGUGCUUCAAAGUGUAAUGAUACCUAUGCCACUGUUUGUGAGCUGAAGCUCAGCAGCAGCAGCAGAACAAAGGCUGCGCUGGCCGGCGGGCUGGCUUCUCAGCAGCGGGAAUCCUGCGAGGUGGGCUGCCGCAGCGCUGAAGGUGCCUAUGAAGAGGAAGUGCUGGAAAAUGCAGGUCUCCCCACUGCACCCUUUGCUUCUUCCAUUGGAAGCCAUGGUGUGACAUUACGAUGGAAGGCUGCCAACGUCUCUGGAGUAAAGUACAUCAUUCAGUGGAAAUAUGCACGGCUUCCUGGAAGCUGGACAUACACUGAGGCCGUGUCCAAGCUCUCAUAUGUGGUAGAGCCCCUGCAUCCUUUCACGGAAUAUAAUUUUCGAGUGGUCUGGAUCUUCACAGCUCAGCUGCAACUGCAUUCUUCCCCAGGUCCCAGUUACAGGACUCAUCCCUAUGGAGUUCCUGAAACUGCUCCUUUCAUUAGAAAUAUCGAGAGCUCAAGUCCCGACACAGUGGAAGUCAGUUGGGAUCCACCCCAAUUCCCAGGUGGACCUAUUUUGGGUUAUAACUUAAGGCUAAUCAGCAAAAAUCAAAAAUUAGAUUCAGGGACACAGAGAACCAGUUUCCAGUUUUACUCCACUCUGCCGAACACCACCUACAGGUUUUCUAUUGCAGCAGUAAAUGAAGCUGGUGAGGGGCUGGAAGCAGAAUCUAGUAUUACCACUUCAUCCCCAGCAGUUCAAGAAGAGGAAAAAUGGCUCUUUUUAUCCAGAAAAACUUCUCUAAGAAAGAGAUCUUUAAAACAUUUAGUAGACGAAGCACAGUGCCUUCAGUCAGAUGCUAUACACCAUAAUAUUACAGGAAUAUCAGUUGAUGUCCACCAGCAAGUUAUUUAUUUUUCUGAACUCUUAUAUGGGGUCAAGGAGGUUGCUAACAUGUCUAAUAUGUCUGGUCUAAGAAUUUUUUACAGAGGUUCAGGAUUAAUUUCUUCCAUCUCCAUAGACUGGCUUUAUCAGAGAAUGUAUUUCAUCAUGGAUGGACUGGUAUGUCUCUGUGAUUUAGAGAACUGCUCAAACAUUGAGGAAAUUACUACUCCCUCAAUUAUUGCACCCUGAAUAGUUGUGGCUGACUCAUACAAUGGGUAUGUCUUCUACCUCCUGAGAGACGGCAUUUACAGAGUAGAUCUCCCUGUGACGUCUGGUUGGGACUCAGCAGCCAGCCGUAUUGUGGAGAGCUGCACAUUACAGGACUUUGUAGUAAAGCCACAGUCCAAGCGAAUCAUUUACUUCAAUGAUACCACCCGAGUCUUCAUGUCAACAUUUCUGGAUGGCUCUGCUUCCCAUUGUGUCCUGGCUCAGGUCCCCUUUGCUGAUGUGAAGAGCUUUGCUUGUGAGAACAAUGACUUCCUUGUCACAGAUGGAAAGGCCAUCUUCCAACAGGACUCUUCCUCAUUUAAUGAGUUCAUUGUGGGAUGUGACCUGAGCCACAUAGAAGAAUUUGGGUUUGAUAACAUGGUCAUCUCUGGCUCCUACACGCAGCCACACCCCCUGCCAGGCUGCCUGCAGCAGCUCUCUGUGCUGUUUGGCUCCCACCAGGCCCUCGUUCAGUGGAAGCCACCUGCCCUCGCCAUAGGAGCCAGCCCUUCUGCUUGGCAAAACUGGUCUUAUGAGGUGGAAGUGUCAACCCAAGACUUUCCUGAAACCACUCAAGUUUUCCCUGACAUAAGUGGGACUUUGCUGAAUGUACCUGAGCUGCGGACUGCUAUGAAAUACAAGGUUUCUGUGAGAGCAAGUUCUCCCGCGGGGCCAGGCCCCUGGUCAGAGCCCUCAGUGGGCACCACCCUAGUCCCAGCUUUGGAACCACCAUUUAUCAUGGCUGUGAAAGAAGAUGGGCUUUGGAGUAAACCAUUAAAUAGCUUUGGGCUAGAAGAAUUCUUAUCCUCUGAUAUAGGAAAUGUGUCAGACAUGGAUUGGUAUAACAACAACCUCUACUACAGCGACAUGAAAGGUGAUGUUUAUGUGUGGCUGCUGAAUGGGACGGAUAUCUCAGAGAAUUACCGCAUACCCAACAUUGCAGGAGCAGGGGCUUUAGCUUUUGAGUGGCUGGGUCACUUUAUCUACUGGGCUGGAAAGACAUAUGUGAUACAAAGGCAGUCUGUAUUGACAGGACACACAGACAUUGUGACUCAUGUGAAGCUGUUGGUGAAUGACAUGGUGGUGGAUUCAGUUGGAGGAUAUCUCUAUUGGACCACAUUAUACUCAGUUGAAAGCACCACGCUAAAUGGGGAAAGUUCCCUUGUACUACAGGCACAGCCUUGGUUUUCUGGGAAAAAGGUUAUUGCUCUAACUUUAGACCUCAGUAAUGGGCUCCUGUAUUGGUUGGUCCAAGACAGUCAGUGUAUUCACCUGUACACAGCUGUUCUUCGGGGUCAGAGCAUUGGGGAUACUAACAUCACAGAAUUUGCAGCCUGGAGUAUUUCUGAAAUUUCCCAGAAUGCACUGAGGUACUAUAGUGGUUGACUCUUCUGGAUCAAUGGCUUUAGGAUUAUCACAGCUCAGGAAAUAGAUCAGAGAACCAGCGUCUCUGUUUUGGAACCUGCCAGAUUUAACCAGUUCACAAUUAUUCAGACAUCCCUCAAGCCUCUGCCAGGGAACUUUUCCUUUGCCCCUAAGGUUAUCCCAGAUUCCAUUCAAGAGUCUUCAUUUAGGAUUGAAGGAAAUGCCUCGAGUUUUCAAAUCCUGUGGAAUCCUUCCCCAGCAGUGGAGUGGGGUGUAAUUUUCUACAAUGUAGAAUUCAGUGCUCAUUCUAAGUUCCUGACUAGUGACCAACAGUCUUCACCUGUAUUUACUGUGGAAGGGCUGGAGCCUUAUGCCUUAUUUAAUCUCUCUGUCACUCCUUAUACAUACUGGGGAAAGGGACCCAAAACAUCUCUAUUACUUCGAGCACCUGAAACAGUUCCAUCAGCACCAGAGAACCCCAGAAUAUUUAUAUUACCAAGUGGAAAAUAUCACAAGAAUGAAGUUGUGGUGGAAUUUAGAUGGAAUAAGCCUAAGCAUGAAAAUGGUGUGUUAACACGACUCGAAAUUAUCUAUCAGAUAUACAAUCAAAGAGACACAAACAAAACAUUUGAUGACUGGAUUGCCGUCAGUGUCACUCCCUCACUGAUGUCUUUUCAACUUGAGGGCGUGAGUUCUGGGUACACUGUUGCUUUCCAGGUUCGAGUCUUUACAUCCAAAGGACCUGGACCAUUUUCUGACAUUGUAAAGUCCAAAACAUCAGAAAUCAACCCAUUUCCAUACCUCAUAACUCUUCUGGGCAACAAGAUUGUUUUGUUAAAUGUGGAUCAAAAUCAGGUUGUAUGGACAUUUUUAGCAGGAAGAGACAUCAAUGCCAUGGGCUACACAGCUGAUGAUGCAAUGGGGUAUUAUGUGCAAGGAGACUCACUCUGCCUUCUGAACAUGCACAACAGGUCCAGCUCUGAGAUUUUCCGAGAUGCUCUGAUUUUUGGUAUCAAAAUUAUUACAAUAGACUGGAUUUCAAGGCACCUGUACUUUGUGCUGACAGAAUCACAAAGUGGAAUGGAAAUAUUUGAUGUAGAUCUUGAACACAGGGUGAAAUAUGCCAGAAAGCUGAAGAUUUGCAAUAAAAAUUCAACAAUAAUUUCUUUUUCUGUAUAUCCUCUUUUAAGUCGCCUGUAUUGGACAGAAGUUUCAGAUUUUGGCUGUCAGAUGUUCUACUACAGUAUGAUCAACCAGACCUUGCAUCGCAUUCUUCAGCCCACAGCUACCAGACAUCCAGGUGUAAGGAGCCAAUGUUUUUGCAAUGUGACUGAAUUUGAGUUAAGUGGAGCAAUGACUAUUGAUACAUCUGACCUAAAGAAGCCGCUGAUAUUCUUUGUCAAAGGGCAAGAGAUCUGGGCCACAGAUCUGGAAGGAUGUCGAUGUUGGCAAGUUAGCAGGAUGCCUACUCUGCUUGAGAAAGCAUUUCUGUCUCUAGCUUCAGAUAUUGCAGAGCCAACUAUACUUAACGCCACUAACACCAGCCUCACCAUCAGAUUACCGCCUGCCAGGACAAAUCUCACGGGGUACGGCAUCACCAGCUCUACUCCAACGUACCUGGUUUAUUACAAAGAUGUUGAAGGAGGCAAAAACAGCUCUGAGUUGAAAUAUAGAAUGCUGGAAUUUCAGGAGAGUAUAGCCCUUAUUGAGGGUUUACAACCAUUUUCUACCUAUAUGAUACAAAUAGCUGUAAAGAAUUACUAUUCAGAUCCUUUGGAACAAUUACCUCUGGGAAAAGAGAUCUGGGGAAAAACUAAAAGUGGAGUACCAGAGGCAGUUCAGCUCAUUAACACAACCGUAUAUAGUCUCUCUAUAUCCUGGAGUGAGACUCAUAAGCCAAACGGACCUAAGGAGUCAGUGCGCUAUCAGCUGGCAAUCUCACAACUGGCCCUGAUUCCCGGGACUCCUCUAACACAAAAUGAAUAUCCAAAUGGAAGGCUCACUCUCCUCGUUACUAGACUGUCUGGUGGAAAACUAUACUUGUUAAAGGUUUUGGCCUGCCAUGCCAAGGAAAUGUGGUGUGCUGAGAGCCAUCCUGUCACUGUGGAAAUGUUUGACACCCCAGAGAAACCUUACGUGUUGGUUCCAGAGAACACUAGUUUGCAAUUCGAUUGGAAGGCUCCAUCUAACGCUAAGCUCAUUAGAUUUUGGUUUGAGCUCCAGAAGUGGAAGUACAAUGACUUUUACCAUGUUAAAGCAUCAUGCAGCCAAGGUCCUACUUAUGUCUGUAACAUCACAGAUCUACAGCCUUAUACUUCCUAUAAUGUUUGAGUAGUAGUGGUUUAUAGGACAGGAGAAAAUAGUACAUCCCUUCCAGAAAGCUUUAAGACAAAAGCUGGGGUUCCAAGUAAACCAGGCAUUCCAAAAUUAUUAGAAGGGAGCAAAAAUUUAAUACAGUGGGAAAAAGCUGAAGACAAUGGGAGCCGACUUAUGUACUAUAUCCUUGAGAUCAGAAAAGGCAUUUCAAAUGAUUCACAGAACCAGAAUUUAAUGUGGAACGUGGUAUUUAAUGGAUCCUGCAGUAGUAUUUGCACAUGGAAGUCCAAAAACCUGAGAGGAACAUUUCAGUUCAGGGUAGUAGCUGCAAAUAAUCUGGGAUUUGGUGAAUACAGUGGAGUCAGUGAGAAUAUUACAUUAGUGGGAGAUGGCGUUUGGAUAUCAGAAACAAGUUUUAUGCUUACUAUUAUAAUUGGAAUAUUUCUGGUUGUUACAAUCCCAUUGACCUUUGUCUGGCACAGAGGAUUAAAGAAUCAAAAAACUCCCAAAGAAGGGCUGACAGUUCUCCUAAACGAAGAUAAAGAAUUGGCUGAGCUUCGAGGUCUGGCAGCUGGAGUAGGCCUGGCUAAUGCCUGCUAUGCGAUACAUACUCUUCCAACCCAAGAGGAGAUGGAAAAUCUUCCUGCCUUCCCUCGGGAAAAAUUGACUCUGCGUCUUUUGUUGGGAAGUGGGGCCUUUGGAGAAGUGUAUGAAGGGACAGCAGUGGACAUCUUAGGAGCUGGAAGUGGGGAAACCAAAGUAGCAGUGAAGACAUUGAAGAAGGGCUCUACAGACCAAGAGAAGAUUGAGUUCCUGAAGGAAGCACAUCUGAUGAGCAAGUUUCAUCAUCCCAACAUUCUGAAGCAGCUUGGAGUUUGUCUGCUGAAUGAACCGCAAUACAUUAUCCUGGAAUUGAUGGAAGGAGGAGACCUUCUUACCUAUUUACGUAAAGCCCGGAUGACCACGGAAGGAAAUGGGUUUCAUGGUCCUUUACUCACCUUGGUUGAUCUUGUAGACAUGUGUGUAGAUAUUUCAAAAGGCUGUGUCUACUUGGAGGAGAUGUACUUCAUUCACAGGGAUCUGGCAGCUCGGAAUUGCCUUGUCUCUGUGAAAGACUAUACCAGUUCAUCACGGAGAGUAAAGAUUGGGGACUUUGGACUCGCAAGGGACAUCUAUAAAAAUGAUUACUACAGAAAGAGAGGGGAAGGACUGCUGCCUGUUCGGUGGAUGGCUCCAGAAAGUUUGAUGGAUGGGAUCUUCACUACUCAAUCUGAUGUUUGGUCUUUCGGAAUUCUACUAUGGGAGAUUUUAACUCUUGGUCGUCAGCCUUACCCAGCUCAUUCCAACCUUGAUGUUUUAAACUAUGUGCAAACAGGAGGGAGACUGGAGACACCGAGAAAUUGUCCUGAUGAUCUAUGGAAUUUAAUGACUUAGUGUUGGGCUCAAGAACCUGACCAAAGACCUACUUUCCACAAAAUUCAAGACCAGCUUCAGUUAUUCAAAAAUUUUUCCUUAAAUACUAUUUCUCAAUGCAGAGAAGAAGCAAGCCCCAGUGGAGUCAUAAAUAAAGGUUUUGAAGAUCAUGGCAGCACAAUUUGUUUGAAUUCAGACGACAUUAUGUCAAUUGCACUAAUGGAAACCAAGAACCAAGAAGGGUUAAACUAUAUGGUACUUAUUCCAGAAUGCAGCCAAGGUGAAGAAAAUUCUGAGGGUCCACUAGGCUCCAAGGAAUCUGAUUCUUGUGGUCUGAGGGAAGAAGAGAAGGAACCACAUGCAGACAAAGAUAUCUGCCAAGAAAAACAAGUGGCUCACUGCCUUCCUGGCAAGCUUACAGGCCUGAACUAUGCCUGUCUCACUCACGGUGGAUAUGGAGAUGGGUUUGAUUAAUAGCUCUGUUUGGGAAAUGCAGAGUGGAGAUAAACACUCCCUUUAAGUAGUCACUGAAAGAAAACCUUAGUAGAAUGAUAGAUGUGUGGGGGUCUAUGACUCUGAAUUAACACAGCUUCCGAAUUCCUAAAUUCUUCUUUCUGAGAGCCAUUUGGUUUCAGUUGUGACAAUCCCCAUAACAACUGCCUGACCUUCGGCAGGGUUCUGAGGUGAACCGCUACACUUUUGGAAAGCUUAGCAAGCCUCAUGAAUCUGGAAGGGAAACUGCUCCCCCUCUCUCUUGAGGUCCCUAAGGCCAUUGCCCAUCCUUCAGUCUGGGCUGUAACAGAAGCAAUUUGGUCACAUACAGACAAAAUAGCUAUGUUCAGGGACCUGAAGGAGGGGCAUGAGAAGUAUGCUUAGGGGGCCUACUGAAUUACAAAUUAUUCCCGAAUUUAUAUACACAUAAAAGAAGAAGUGACUAAAUACAUAUACAGAAGAAACCAUCACCUAUGACAGGAGGAAUCAUUUGGAAAGCUAUUACUACAAUAAAAUAUUUAAUGACUACUUUAAAAUAUUUUGCAUUUUGGAAGCUUGGGACAGCGGCUUUAGUCAUAUGGAAAAUAAGACCAUGAAGAUCUCUAAAUUCUGAAGUUUAACAUUCCACAAUCUUUUGAGUUGUAUAAAAAUCACUUUGUGACUUGUGUGCUGUCAUGGAAAUUAGCUAAUAUAAAGAUUGUUUUCAUCUGCUAUAUCUAUUUUAUACACAAAAUACUUAAGAUUGUAUUUAGUAUCAAAUUACCCUUAAAAUUAAAUAAAAAUGAUUAUAUAAUGCUAAUCCAAGGUCUUAUUUUUUAGCCACUACAUGAAAUAAUAAAUAUAUAAAUGAGAACUAUUUUAAAAAUUCUUAAGAGAAACGCUUUGGUUUAAAGCCAGUCAUUUUUCCAGUUACCCAUUGAAAUCUGAAAUCCUCAACUGCUCUAACAUCAACACUAAUGAAGGCAUUUUGUGUGUUAUUCAGUUGCAGUAUUCAGGAUAUUUGCUAGAUAUAGAAGACACUUUGAUUAUAGCAAUUGCUGAAAACUGUGGAAGAGGAUCGUGUAUCCAUCUACAUAUUGGGUACUUUCGUUCAUUUUUAAAUUUGCCUGUUGCCUGAGAACUGUAGAGAUGAUUGGAUGUAUGGUGAGGAACACAGGGCAGUCAGUGUGUCAGUUCUGUGGUGAAUAGUCCCUGAGUACCUGUCCAGGGCUUGUAGCCAUUCUGUUAUAUCUGUCAUUUUGUUGAACGAGGCAGGAUAUUUUCUCUCUGAUCUUCUAACUUUCUAAUGGGCAUUUAUCAUUCUUUUUGGUAGCUCAGCUCAUGAUGCCCCUUCCCUGAUUGGGGAAUUCCUCCACCUUUCUCUUCUGGGUAGGAGCUAUGUUCCAUCUGCUUCCCCGAGAUCUCUUGCAGUAAGAACACAGGCAUGUGAUCCCCACCACUCAGACACACCCACCACAGGCUUCUAAUCAAGAGCUAAGGAAACAAACAGAGACCACAGUGAGUCUUCUCUGUUGAAGGUGGCAGCUGCAGUUGGUCUGGCUCCUGGCAUCCUGGAGCCUGCUGCCUGCACCAGCUGGAGUAGCAGACUGGACUGGUUCUGCUGGCAACUUGCAGCCAGUGCUUCCAGCCAGUGCUCCCAGCAACUCCAAAUCUCGUUUUCAAACUCUCGCAGGAAUUCUGUGAGCUACCUCCAUAUCCUUUUAAUAAAUGUUUUCUUUUAAAUCAGCCAAAGUAAGUUUCUUUUGCUGGAAAUCAGGACUUUAGCUCUGCCUGUGUCAUGGACAUUUAUUUUGGAAUACACAAAGGGAUCAUAAGUGUUUAAAGAAUUGGAUUUUUAGUAUUUACAUUUGUAUUACCAUUUGGACAGUAGAAAAAUAUAUAGAAUAUCUGAGGCAAACAGCCCAUAAAAAUAUGAUCUAGCUAUUAUACAUAUGUGCAAAUUAGUCUUUUUUAUAAUAACAUUGGUAGAAAUAUUUAAUGCAAAAUGAAGCAGACAGUGACUGAAAUCUCAUAGGUAAUAUUAUUAUAGAUAAGAGUAAUCGAUAAAAUACAAAUGACUGGUAUGGAAAACUAUGAGUUAAUUC